GGAGGAAGUCAUUUGCUUUUCUGCAGGAAUUGGAGACAGAACAGGGAAAAGACGAAGGAAAGAAAAAUGGUGCAAGAAGAAAUCCGAAAGGGUCCAUGGACAGAACAGGAAGACCUUCAACUCGUCUGCUUUGUGGGCUUGUUUGGAGAUCGACGAUGGGAUUUCAUCGCAAAGGCUUGAAAAGAACAGGGAAGAGUUGCAGGUUACGGUGGGUUAAUUACCUGCACCCUGGUCUCAAACGAGGAAAGAUGACACCCCAUGAAGAGCGACUCAUACUUGAACUUCAUGCUAAAUGGGGAAAUAGAUGGUCAAGAAUUGCUCGGAAAUUACCUGGAAGAACAGACAAUGAAAUAAAGAACUAUUGGAGAACACAUAUGAGGAAAAAAGCUCAAGAGAGGAAACGAGCUACAUCUCCAUCAUCAUCUUCCAAUUGUUGCUCUUCACCACCAAAUAAUCCAACCAAGGAUUCUGUACCCUUCUCUGAGACUGGAGGACCAAGCUUUUACGAUACAGGAGGUCUGGAGACAUCAGAUUUGAAUGGAAAAAAGAAUGAUCAGGAGGAAGAAGGUGAAAAGGGGUCUUCCAUGGAUGAAAUAUGGAAAGAAAUUGCUUCAUUAGGAGAUGAUCCUAUAAAACCAUUUUAUGAGGGACAUAGCUUCUCUUGUCCUCCAAUGGCUUCUCCAAUGUGGGACUAUUGUCCAGACUCAUUAUGGAGGAUGGAUGAAGACAGUAAGAUGUUUCUUCCCAUAAGCGAUCAGGUCUUCUCCUGCUAUGACCAUGACCAAGCAUAUUUAACAGGCUAAUCAGAAUUUUCUUCAUUCAAAAUUUGUUUAAUAUCUGUAAUAAUAUCUUAAGGAAGCUCCAACCUGUACAGCGUAGGGUUUCCCUACUUAAAACUUCAUCUUUAUGUCAGUCCUAGCAUCCAGACAUCAUUGUAAUAUCAUUCAUGCAUAGUUGUAGUCCAUGUCUCUGUAUUCUGUAUACUUCCCGCUCUUGUAAAAGGGAGGAAAAGCUUCCAUGAGGAUGUUGGCCUGCUCAUGGAUGUAAUGUAUGUUACAUGUAUAAGUUUGGUCAUAAAUCAAGCUGGUCCUGCAUAACAUUAAAGAUUCUCACU